AGUUGGCCAGCCUGGCUCAAGCAUUCACCGUGUUUGGCGGCUUUUGGAGAGGGCUUGCAAGGUGAGCCAUGGAUGAACCCUUGCUCUCAGACUGUGUGGCCAGGGCCGAGACCGGAUGGCUUCAGCUGCACGAGUCAUGGGGGCGUGCGUUGAAGCGCCUCUUCACAAGCGCAGCUUUGCUGGAUGCGCUGAACCUGCCGAAGGAUGUGCCCGACACCUCAGACACCUCCUCUGAAUUCAGCCUGGUCAGCGAGCCGGUCAGCGAGCCAGAUGUUCCCGGGCUGCUGGAAAAGAUCUUGGGGCAUGCGGCGCAAGGAUUCAGCGACACACGGGUCCUUGAAGCCAAGCCGGGAUUCCUCGAAACGUGAUGAAGAUGCCAACGCAGCUCAUCUCCACGCACAGCUGUGUGGUCCUGGGUCCCGCAGGGACCGGCAAGACCACGCUGGUGAACCACUUGGCAGGGGCCAGGUUUCAUGCUGGCCCGCAGGCAGAUGACAAAACACUGGAAGCUCAGAGCUGUGCGCUGCGACUCCCGAAAAAUUCGAAGGUGAGUUUUGUGCUGAUUGACACCCCUGGUUGGAGCCAUGAGACCAGCACGGAUAUCAAGGAGGAGUACAAGAAGGUGCUGAAGGAAAAGCAACUCGUGUCGGAACACACGCCUCACAUCAUCCUGUUCUGUGUCUCGGUGUCCAAUAUCCGACAAUUUCAAGACAGGGAAGCGGCCAGGAUGAGUGACAGGCUUCAUGAGCUUAAGUUCGACCAGCGCUUUCCCAUCAAAGUCGUACCCGUGGCAACUUUCGGAGACACACAGCAGCCAGCAAAGAUAGAUGAGCUCAAGAGCACGGUGAAAGCUCUUGCAACCAAAGCCUUCAAAGACACAGGUGCACAAGUGGAAGAGCCAGCGUGCACUAUGUUUCCGCCACAUGGGCAGGCUAAAGGAGUGGAGGAACUGAAAGAUCAGCUCAGCGGCGUUUUGGAUGAGCAGAUUCGAUCCCCUGAGUUUCAGAGCCUUUGGCAAUUGGCUUUUGCAACCAGUGUGGAAGCCGCCACCAGGGAGCACUGUGAGUCGCAUCCGGACAACGACUCAGCACUGCGCCUGUUCAAGAGCGCCUUCUGCACAGUGGCGGCCGCCUGUGGGAAAGAAGUCGACGUGGGUAGCUUCAACGAGAUGACCGCCGAGUUUGAAGAACCCCCAUGGUGGGUCAUUCGAGAGAUUCCGACGGAGAAGUUGACCUGGCGACUUGUCCGGUCCUUCAAUCCUGCCAUGUUGUUGGGACUUACCACCUUUGCCUGGCUUUGCAACUGGACCAAGCUCUGCGUGGCUUUCGUGGCUUUGGCGGCAGUCUGUUUCAUGGUUGUGCUUUUCUGGAGGCCCAGAUAUGGUUGUCACAUGUGCACAACAUGGUUGCAGAGCCUCAAGCGCCAGCAGUCACAGCUGCAGACAGGUUUGCGCAGGAUGCAACGAUUGCGAGCGCGACAUUUGGCCAUCAUGCUCCUUUUCGUUGCUUUGAUCCUUGUGUGGGCAGAGCUCAACCAUGAAGUGGCCACUACCCUGAUGUUGCGGGGGCAGCUGGAUCAAGCGAAGCAUGAGCUGAAGACCACGCAAGGGAAGCUGCAUCACGUGAAGCAUGAGCUGAAUACCGCGAAGCAUGAGCUGAAUACCGCGAAGCAUGAGCUGAAUACCACGCAAGGGAAGCUGGAUCACAAGAAGCAAGAGCUGAAUACCACGCAAGGGAACCUGAACGACAUGAACGAGAAGUACAAGAAGUACAUGUGCGCUUGGAAAAAGCGAGAAUUGCGGGGGCAGUGCCAGGGCUUGAAGAGCAUGGACCUUGUGCACACAGCAGAGACCUGCGAAGAAGUGUGUUGCCAGGCAGGCAAGGACUCCUGCAGCACUUGGCAAUACUCCGCUGACGAAGGCUGCUGGGUGGGAAAACCCAGUAGUUGCGAUGGCACUACCGAUGGCAGUUGGCUUGGGCGGGAUCGGAAGUAGGCGGUUCGCGCUGGGUUGACAAUUACGAAUUAGCACACCUCAGGCGCACGUGCAGCUUGAUGUCGAUUUGCAGCUCAAUUUGAAACAGUCAGAUCUGAAUCGGUGCAUGAGCUUUCAGCUUUGAUCAUGUCGGACGCCUUGCACUGCCCCUUUAAGGCGCCUUGCAGCCAAGAACUUUCUUUGCUCCCACAUUGCGGGCAAGGUGAAGGAAGCUGCGAUGACCAGCGGUUAGUACCCGCGACUUGGGCCGACAUGGGCACACUCCCAAGAGCGGAGUGAC